AUGAUAACACCUACUUCAUUUGAACCAGUUGAAUUAUUAUAUUCAAAAAAAAAAGUAAAUAGAACAAAUUGGAAAAAAAAUGUAUUAAAAUCAAAUCCUGAAAUUAACAAUUUAUGUGAAAGAAUUUAUCCAAUAAAUAGAGCAAUUCAAUUUGGUAAACAAUUUCAUCCAGGUAAAGCAGAAGUUAAACAAAAAUUGGAUAAAACAGCGAUAAUACAAUUAAUAUUACAACAUUUAUCAACCAAAGGAUUGAAACAAACCAAACAAACCUUGGAGAAGGAAGCAAGAACCACUACACCGAUAGUAGAGGGAUUAAAUGAGAGUAGAUUGGUUACAUACAUUAGAAAUGCAUUAAAGGAUACAGAUAGGAUCUAUGAUUUAUCGAUGGAACAUACAGAGUAUAGUAAAGAGGAGAGACAAUCAAAGAUAACGGAACGAGAGGAACUACUAUUUCAAAUGGAUUUAUUGGAGGAUGAAGACGAAGAUGACGGAGUCAACAUAUGGGAUGAACCAACAGAGAAUAUCAUCACAGAGAAAGUACACACCACAGAAUACGAUAUAAAUAAAAGCAAAGAGAAUAAAGAUGAUCAAGACGAUGAAGUGGUUAAAUUUGCAUCAUUGAAUAAAUUGGUGGAACAUUUAACACACGACUCAAAGCAUGAUUUACAAUUCUUAAAAACCUUUUUAAUGACCUAUCAAUCGUUUUGCACACCAGAGAAGUUGAUGUCAAAACUCCAACAACGUUACAACUGUCCAUCGGGUCAUGACGAGAUGGCCACUAGAAACAUCCAAAUUAGGGUCAUCAAUGUGUUGAAAGGUUGGGUGGACAAUUAUUACUCGGAUUUCGAUGAUAAAUUAAUUGCAAUGUUACGUACAUUCAUCGACCAAAUUCAAAUUAAAUUCCCCGCACCUGCAAGUGCCGUCAAUAAAUCCCUAACAAAGAUGGUGGAGAAACUCUCACCAGUGAACGAUAGCAAACACAUUUUCAAUGAGAAAACACCCGAACCAAUGGUACCAAAGAAUAUCUUCUCCAAUAAUCUCUCAAUAUAUGAUAUCGAUGAGGAGGAGAUCGCAAGACAAUUGACUUUAAUCGAAUUUGAAAUCUAUAGAAACAUUAAACCACCCGAACUCUUAAAUCAAUCUUGGAAUAAAACAAAACUAAAAUCACGUGCUCCAAACGUUUUAAAGAUGAUCGAUCGUUUCAACUCCGUUUCAAUGUGGGUGGCCACAAUGAUCAUUCAAACCACAAAAGUUAAAGCACGUGCUCGUAUGAUGACUCGUUUCAUAAAGAUCGCAGAUCAUUUGAAAAAUUUAAAUAAUUACAAUUCCCUUAUGGCAAUCAUCGCUGGUCUUAACUUUUCCUCGGUUUAUCGUCUAAAGUAUACUCGUGAAGAGUUAUCCGCUCAAACUAUGCGUACCUAUUCCGAUUUAGAAAAGAUUAUGAACUCUGAAGGUUCCUUUAAAACCUACAGAACUCGUCUUCAAAAUGUUCCUCCAAUGUUACCUUAUUUGGGUGUUCAUCUAACCGAUCUCACUUUUAUCGAUGAAAAUCCAAAUAAUUUCGUCACUGACGUUGGUGGUAAACAGGUUAGUCUAAUCAAUUUCACAAAGAGAACCCUAGUUUUUAAAAUCAUCUCUUUGAUUCAAGAAACUCAAGUCGUACCUUACAAUCUUCAACCAGUUCAUCAAAUUCAAGAGUUUUUAUUAAAUAUUAGAAGUGAUCUCAAAGCUCAUACUCUCGAUCAAUAUCAACAAGAAUUAUAUAGAGAAUCACUUAAAAGAGAACCAAAGAAAGCUCAAAGAUCUGAUGUUCUUUAA